AUGUCUUUAAAGUUUGUCUUGAUUUCUUGUAUUCUCAUCGGGUCAGUGUCUGCUGGUUUGAGCCGAAAGCGACGUGGAACUUAUGAAGAUGAAGCAGUGACUCCUGCAGGAGGUGGUGCAAGUGUUGCUCCAAUGGCAGAGGAACCUGCGGUAACCGUGGCUCCAGAAGGAGCAGGAGCACAAAUUUCGAAUGUCGAGAGUUCGGGAUAUCGUAAAAAGAGAGCAAGUCAGAAUAGUUAUGGAGAUGAAGCAUCUGCUCCAGUAGGAGGUGGAGCUCCUGUGGUUGAUGUAUCAGAAGCACCGGCAGUUACGGUGGACAAUGCUGGAGGAUCUCACAGUGAUGUGGCUUCAAGUGGAUAUUAA